GAUUUCACAUGCGGAUUAAGACGACGAAGGAAGCUCUCUCUCUCCGUUGUAAAAGUUAGGUUUUUGAUUGGCUGUUGUGGCGGAGGAGAAGGAGAGGAAAAGAGAGGGAAAGUACAAGUAUAGCAUAAUCGUUCUUACGUACAACGAGCGCCUCAAUAUCGCUCUUAUAGUCUACCUCAUUUUCAAGCAUCUCCGGUAAAAAUUAUCACUUGUUUUUACUGAAUACGAAUCCGAUCGCCCAUUAGUAAUUCAGUAUUUAAGGAGGAGAAGUGAGGGAUCAUGGUUUUACAUUAAAGAUCCAAACUUUAUAAUCUUGUAACUAAGUGUAAUGAUCCACUGUUUAGAAGUGACUUCAUGUUGUCUAUAGUGGCUUUGGAGAUUGAUCCUGGUUGUGGCUGCUUCUGUUAAUCGAUUUGAACUUGUUGAGAUGACUUUUUUUCUUCUGUGGAAUGUUAUUGAGAAUCAAUACCAAUACUAAGGAAACUUUGACUUUUUGAAUGGUGUUUAGGGAUGUUGAUUUUGAGAUAAUUGUUGUGGAUGAUGGGAGUCAUGAUGGCACUCAAGAAAUUGUCAAGCAACUGCAGGACUUGUAUGGUGAAGGCCGCAUUGUGAGUACAAUAACAGAGUUAGUUUGAAUCUGAAUACGUAAUCCAGUUUGUAUUCUUCGGUUUAGGUGAACUUGUGAUUUUACUGUGAUUCAUCUUUUAAGAGCUAGAGCCAAGAAGCUUGGUUUGGGAACUGCAUACAUACAUGGUUUGAAGCAUGCUACAGGUGAUUUCGUUGUAAUCAUGGAUGCUGAUCUUUCACAUCAUCCAAAGUAUUUGCCAAGUUUCAUCAAAAACGACUAGAGACAAAUGCAAGCAUAGUAACAGGUACGGGAUAUGUAAAAGGUGGUGGUGUACACGGGUGGAACCUUAUGCGGAAACUCACAAGCAGAGGAGCAAAUGUGCUAGCUCAAACACUUUUAUGGCCUGGUGUAUCUGAUUUAACCGGGUCCUUCAAGUAAGAAAUUCAACUAACUUAUGUUAUUCUACUGAAUCAUUUAAUAGCUUUACGACUGGCCUCCUUAUUUGAAAGGCUAUACAAGAAAUUGGUGUUUGAAGACGUGAUUAGCUCAUGUGUGAGUAAAGGUUGUGUCUUCCAGAUUGAAAUGAUCGUUCGUGCUACCAGAAAAGGAUACUAUAUUGAAGAGGUACCAAUCACAUUUGUGGAUAGAGUCUUUGGAACUUCGAAGCUGGAAGGAUCCGAAAUAGUGGAAUAUCUAAAAGGACUCGUCUACCUUCUUCUCACGACUUAAAGGGACGAGACUAAACACAGCCCAACAACACAUAAAUCUCUAUUUAUACUCUCGUUUACUUAACACUUGAACUUUGAACAUGUCUUUUAGAAACUUCAGUUUACCUUUGACUACCUACAUAGAGUUUUGCAUCCGUCAAAGACUCAAAAAGAAGCAAUCAAGCAAAGGCCCAAGAGAAGAGUUUUGGGCUUUAACUAAAGGACAAGUAGAGAAAGCAAUCAUACAAAGCGAAGCACGAAGAUGGAAGAACCAAGUGGCUGAUUAUGUGGCCAUCUUUUCUCCAGCAAUCAUUACCAUUUCUAUCCCAAAUUGGAUACAGCUGCCUUGUAGGAUAGCUGAUAAGAACUCUUUACCCCCAUUCAUGAUAAGCACUUUUCUCGCUAGAGUCUGUCUGAACAAAAUCACUUUCCGUCCUACCAAAAAAAAAAAAAAAAGGAGAAAAAUGGAGGGAACUAUUAAGUCACGGGCCAACUACGUUCCUCUCACUCCCAUCAGUUUCCUUGAUCGAUCCGCCGUCGUUUACGCCGAAAGAACAUCUGUAGUUUACGGCUCCGUGACCUACACGUGGCGCCAGACCCGUGACCGCUGCGUCAGAGUCGCCUCCGCUCUCUCCCAACUCGGUAUCUCCUCCGGCGAUGUGGUUUCGGUGUUGGCUCCAAACGUGCCAGCGAUGGUUGAGUUACAUUUCGCUGUCCCCAUGGCUGGAGCUUUGCUCUGUACACUCAACAUCCGCCACGACUCCGCACUCGUAUCGGUUCUGCUAAGUCACUCAGAGACCAAAGUGCUUUUCGCAGAUCAUCAGUUUCUCCAAAUAGCUCAGGGAGCGUGCGAGAUCCUCUCCAAGAAAGGCGAGAAGGUCCCUCUUCUGGUCUUGAUCCAAGAGCCUAGCGUUGUUGUUUCAGGGAAGAACAAGAAGAGGUUGAUGGAGUACGAAGACGUUGUCUCCAUGGGGAAAUCGAACUUCCAAGUUAUAAGACCAAAGGAUGAAUGUGACGCAAUCUCUCUGAACUACACAUCAGGCACGACUUCGAGCCCCAAGGGUGUUGUUUACAGUCACAGAGGCGCUUAUUUGAAUUCUUUGGCUACCGUUAUACUCAACGAGAUGCACUCCUCGCCUACUUUCCUAUGGACUAAUCCAAUGUUUCACUGCAAUGGAUGGUGUUUACUGUGGGGUGUUGCCGCCAUCGGUGGGAUUAAUAUAUGUUUGAGAAACGUUACCGCAAAGGGUAUAUUUGAUAACAUUGCUAAACACAAUGUGACUCAUAUGGGAGGUGCACCAACAAUACUGAACAUGAUCGUUAACGCUAGUGAUUCCGAGAAGAAACCGCUUCCUCGGAAGGUGUCUUUUAUAACCGGUGCUGCACCACCACCAGCUCAUGUGAUUUACAAAAUGGAGGAGCUGGGGUUCUCUAUGUUUCACUCGUAUGGGUUGACUGAGACUUAUGGACCAGGCACGGUCUGCACGUGGAAGCCUGAGUGGGACUCUUUGCCUAGUGAAGAGCAGGCGAAAAUGAAGGCGAGGCAAGGAGUGAAUCAUAUAGGGAUUGAAGAAGUCGCUGUUAAAGAUCCUGUGACCUUGAGGACUUUGCCGGCUGAUGGUGUGUCUAUGGGUGAGGUUGUCUUCAGGGGGAACACGGUGAUGAACGGUUACUUAAAGAACCCUGAAGCCACCAAGGAGUCUUUCAAAGGAGGUUGGUUUUGGACUGGUGACUUGGGGGUUAAACAUCCUGAUGGCUACAUAGAGCUGAAAGAUAGGUCCAAAGACAUUAUAAUCUCUGGGGGAGAGAACAUAAGCUCGAUCGAAGUGGAGUCUGUUCUGUUCACUCAUCCUUGUGUUCUUGAAGCGGCUGUAGUUGCGAGGCCUGAUGAGUAUUGGGGUGAGACUGCUUGUGCGUUUGUGAAGCUUAAAGACGGGUCUAAGGCAACGGCCGAGGAGAUUAUAAGCUACUGCAGGGGGAAGCUUCCGCAUUAUAUGGCUCCGAGGAGUAUUGUGUUUGAGGAUCUUCCUAAAACAUCGACUGGGAAAGUUCAGAAGUUUGUUCUGAGGACUAAGGCUAAGGCUAUGGGAAGCUUAUCAAAGAAAGGAACAAGCAAGCUAUGAAGUGGUAAGGUUUUUUUUUGUGUAUCAUGUUGGUUAAGGUAAACCGGAAAUUGUACUACAGACAAUCCAAGUUGUGUCAUUCUGAAAUAAAGUAUCAUGUUGGUUUAAGAUAAACCGGAAUGAUAAUUGUGUUCUAGAAUAAACCAAGUUGAAAUAAAUAAAAACAGGUAUGAGGGUUGUA